ACUCGAGGACCGGCAAUGGCGAAUUUUCGUGCACUCCUUCUCGUCGUCGCCGGUCUUGUUCUUCUUGUUGCCAAGGAACGAACUAUGGCAGCAGAUUUCAACUUCUACAGAGACAUGUCCUGCUACUGGGGUCCCCAGAACUUGGCUGUCUGGAACAAUGGCCAAAACUUCGCACUCAGCCUCAAUAACAUCUCAGGUUGUGGAAUCCAAUCUUCGAAUCAGUUUCUCUUUGGAAGCAUAGAAAUGCAGAUCAAGCUGGUCCCCGGGAACUCUGCUGGCACUGUGACUACAUAUUACAUGUCUUCGACAGGGGACAAGCAUGACGAGAUCGACUUCGAAUUCCUCGGCAACGUGUCCGGCCAACCCUACAUCAUCCACACCAACAUCUACACGCAAGGGGUGGGAAACAGAGAAGUGCAGUUCUAUCCUUGGUUCGACCCGACUGCUGCUUUCCACAACUACACCAUACACUGGAAUCCAAGCCAAGUCGUGUGGUUCAUUGACGGCAUUCCCAUUCGAGUCUUCAGAAACUAUCAGCAGUAUGGAAUCGCGUUCCCCAACCAGCAAGCGAUGAGGGCCUACUCCAGCAUUUGGAACGGCGACGGCUGGGCGACCAGAGGUGGGCUCGUGAAGAUAGACUGGAAGAACGCUCCAUUCACGGCGAGAUACCAGCAAGUGAACCUGAGAGCUUGUCCGUACUGGCAAGGCAGCACUGCGCAGUGUUCUGCGAGUACCCCGGCGAAUUGGUGGACUUCGCCGGCUUACAGUAAGCUGAGCUACGCACAGCAGGGUCAGCUGAUGUGGGUAAGGAGCAAGUACAUGAUCUAUGACUACUGCCAGGACGAGAAGAGGUUCAACGGGAAGACGGCCCCCGAGUGUUCUCUGCCUCUGUAUUAGCAGAGCUGUUGCUGCUUCCCAUUGAGUCAGUUUGCUUUGUUAUCAUUGUCAUUAUUAUUGCCACACAUGAAUAAAAAGCAUCACUUAACAUGAGUUUAAUCAUCA